AUGGGCUGGGAGCUAUUCGAGUACGCGGUGUAUGCCAUCGUGCUGCCAAUUCUUAUUUCGACAUCAAUUAAAUUGGCGCUUAAACAGAAGUUGCAUGGAAAUAUGAGAUUUAACGUAUCUUUAAUGACGCUUUCGGUUAUUUGGAUGCUUCUGGUUCGGAUAGUGCAGCUAAUAUCUGUAAACUGGGAGAAUUCAGCCGAGAUGGGUGGUUAUUGCUAUUACGCAAUGCAAGCCGGUUACAACUGGUACCGAGGCUCGUUUUUCUCCUUUAUCAUCGAAAGAUUUGUCUGCGCAAUGACGACAAAUCGAUAUGAACACCUAAACUCCAUAGCCGUCAAACUUCUCUUUGGUCUCCUCACGGCAGUCAUCGUUGCGGUUGUCCUUAGCCUCGUCAUCUUUGCAGCCAAGUUCUUCAAUACCUUUGCGUUUGCCUGGAUGUUCACGAUGCAGUCUUCAACGAUACCGAUGACGGCUUAUGUGCUGAGGAGAACGCGGCAAGAUUGGUCGGCACGACACGAGGGAGCUUCUCUUUCUCAGAGAUUCCAAAUCGCGGAAUCGCGCGCCUCGGCCAAACUCUUCCUCCCGCUGACCGCCAGCAAUUUCCUGUGCGUGCUGUUUCUGCUGGGUGUGCUCGCCGCGAUCGCGUUCGGCAAUCUCGAAGGGGAAACGAUCGGCCUCUGCUACACAUUGUUAGAUUGGCUCGACUUCUACCAAAGACUCUUCUAUAUCGCGGUGAUUGUGAGAACGGAGGGCGAUUGUUGGCAAUCUGUGGCCAAGUUCUUCAUCAAAUUCCGCCACGGGAAAUUUUCCGGGCGAAGGAAUACGAUAUCUGUGACGCCGAUCCAGAGCAACAAAGCCGACACUGAAGAAUAUUUCAAAAACUAUAAGAAUAUGUGGGGA